AUGUCUUGGCAAAAUUUCAACCUACCUCACUUCACGCAAGCUGUCUCGAGACAGCAACAAUAUCCACAACACUCACCAUCUACUAAAAAAACUCCUCUUCCUCCUCCUCCACUCUCCAAAUCCAAACGCGGUCUCUGCUGGCCAGUCGAAAACCAAGAUCCAAUCCACAUCUUCACAAAACCCGGCUCUAAAAUUUCCUGGAUCUACAACUGGUCCCCCACUCCCACCCCAAGCCCCAACCCUUCCAGUCUCGAAUUCAUCCCCAUGCAAUGGAACCACAUCAACAUCGAACACCUCCCCAAAAUCCUCGAAUCUUCUCCAUCCCCUUACGUCUUAACCUUCAACGAACCCGACCUCCCCUCCCAAGCAAACAUGUCCCCUGAACUCGCGGCGGACCAGUUCGUUUUUUUCCAUCCACCAUCUCCUCCCCUUACUGACUGCAUCUUUCUUUCUUUUCCUUCCCAGGGCUACCGCAUCGGAAGUCCCUCAAUCUCCAACUCCCCCGACGGUGCCCAAUGGCUCUCCACAUUCCUGCAAUACAUCCGAACCCCGCCCCCCUCCGAGCCCGGGGAAAAAUUAAAAAGCGACAUAGAUUUUUUAUGUCUGCAUUGGUACGGCGAGACGUUGGGGCAAUUUUAUGAUUAUAUUUGGGCGACGUAUGUCCGUCCCUUUCCGUCCCUCAAAAAAAAAAAUCGUUGGUUUACUUUUUUUUUUUUUUUCGCUAACGCUCAUCAAUUCCGUACUAAGACACCACUCCCUCGACCCUUCGAAAAAAGUCUGGAUUACGGAAUUCGCGCCGACGAAUUGGAAGGAAACAAAACCUUUGCAGACGGAAGAGGUCGAGUCUUUUUUGCGGGAGAGUGUCAAGUAUUUGGAUUCUUUGGAGUGGGUGGAACGGUAUGCGUUUUUUGGAGCGAUGAGGGAUACGGGGAGAAAAUUGAAAGGGUUGGGGAGGGGACGUCUAAUCUACAAAAAGCAUUCAUUAUACAUAUAUCGCCAUCCAUUGAAUCAUCUUCCUCUCAUUUUAUUAUAUCGAUUGAGGCGAAUUUGAGGGAAAGGGGACUCAUUUCGCGAGUCUCGCAAUCCAUAUUUCAUUCGUUACUUGUGUACACAAUCCUGUGCGAACUUCGCGUUGAUCAAGGCGAAGUGAGCGGAAGGAUUCUCGAAAUCACCCACACGAUCGAGAUUGAGCCAAUCAAGGAAGGAAAAUUGAGCGGAAGAAUUCUCACAAUCAUCUUUCAUUCAUCACUCACACACACUAUCUAUACCUUCCCCAAUCCAGAUCCACAACCAUCCGAAAAAAAUGCCCAACUCGCACACCUUUUGAAAGACGCCGACAUGAAGGAAGUCAAAAAAGGUCAUGUUCUACGCACGCACACACAAUCAUGAAGGGCGGACGGCAUGCGAUGCCGCCCUCUUACUGUUAUUGAAAAGGCCAGCUUUCGUUGCUGUAGCUUUGACUCGCAAAGUUCUGAUCAAAAGGGCUGGGAUAAUCGUCGUUGGGAACGCUGAGGGAACCGUCGCUCCAGGGCUGGGUGGUGGUAAAGCCAAUAUCUUCAUCCAUAGGCACGGGGGCCGAAGUCACGUUUGGUAAGCCGCCGAGCCGUUUGGAAGUAAUCGAGUCCAUCGCUGUUGGACUGCUGGUGGUCGAGGCGAAAGUGGCGUUGCUGAUUUCGAUGUCGGGGAACAGUGAUCUGAUCAGCUCGUCGUUCGGAGCACUUCCUGGACCGACAGAAUGCGAUUGAGGACGGCUUGGGUGAGAAGUCACGGGAGAUGGUCGCCGCGCUAUACCUGACAUCAUCGGCAUGGUCGGUGUGGACCAGACGUCGGGGAGUCCAAGUGCCUGGUCGGUACCAUUCUGCUUGCUUUUACCUUCGUCAGACCCAUGCACGCUUCCACUUGGCGAUUGCCAUUCGUUC